CCUCAAUAAAAAAUACAAUCACUAAUUACCAUAGAUCACCGAUAUAUUUUCUUUUUUUUUCAUCAAAAUAUUUACAAAAAUGCCCACGAAUUGAUAAUCUAAUAUCUUACAGAAUAUAUUUAUACAAUGCCAAGAGGAAGAGCAAAGGCGCUAAAUGCGGAAGGUGAUGGAUUCAGCCAGCCUAGUGCUCCUACAAAACGCCGGAAAAAGUCGAGGGCAAGUCCAGGAACACCGGACAUGAUACCUCCACCUAUGGGCAAUUAUGGUCCUAUGAUGCCCGGAAAUCCCAUGGAUGAUCCACGUGGAUACCCACCGAACUCCAUGCCAUUUUCUCCAAAUUCAAUGCCUGAUGGCCCAUACUCGAACCAUAUGGGACCCAUGAUGGGUGGCCCUGGUCAGGGUCGCGGAGGUCCGAUGCCUGGCUCUCAGGGUCCUUACCCCUACCCAGGUGGACCUGGCCCAGGUCCCGGGCAUCCAAUGAAUCACCGUAUGCCUCAACCAGGGCAGAUGUCAGCUAUGGGUCCGCAAAGCAAUGGAAAAGUUUACCCAAGUUCAGCAUCAAUGGUGUUCAAUCCAUCUAAUCCAAAUGCUCCCCCGAUAUAUCCGUGUGGUAUAUGCCAUAAAGAAGUACAUGACAAUGAUCAGGCUAUAUUGUGUGAAAGUGGGUGUAAUUUCUGGUACCAUCGCAGCUGUACCGGUCUAACAGAGAUAGCAUUUAUCAUGUUAACUCAGGAGGUUUACGCGGAAUGGGCAUGUGACCAUUGCCUUCAAUCACGCAGCAUCCCACUUGUUAAAAUGAAAUCCUGAAGAUCUAUCUGUAUGGUAAAGGCUGUCUGAAUACCUUACUGUAUGGUAAAUUAAAGUCUUAAUGUCGAAGAGCUUGGUUGGUAAUGGUAAACUAUCAAACUUAAUGCAGACAUACUUUUUUGUAUACAUGUAUGUUAAUGAAAAGUAACAUUUUUAGUUCCACUAUUCUAAGAAUAGGGAGAGCUGUUGUACAUGUACUCGCCCUGUUGGGUUUGGUGUCUCUGUCACCCUUUGGUUGAGUUUUUAUAUGCAAGAUGGUAUCUUCAAAUGCACUGAAGGGAAAAGGUUCACACUUCACACACUCUGUUCACUGUGAUUUUCUAACAAGAUAGGCAUUGGUUCCAUAACAGCAUUGGUUGCAUAACUCUGAGAUACCUUUUUACAGAGUUAUGGCCCUUUUCUAACUGUCAAGCUCUGAGAAUAGUCAAGCGGGCUGUCAUACGGACAGCUUUUGUUAAAUGCUAUAAAACAAUGUUGGGUAUCCAGUAAUUUAGAGGCUUUUUGUUUUGUAUCUUGAUAAAGACAUGUACCAUGGCACUGUACUUAAAUUGAAAGAAUGGAUUUUUUAAAAUUUCCAAUAAAGCAUAUUUGAAAUUACGACUGAAGGUUUUUUUUUUUUCAAAAUUGCAGAAAUUUUGAUAUUUUGUUAGUGAGUUUUAUUGGUGUCUUACAUAAUUUGUUUACAUUAAACAAAAGUGACUCUUAAUAAUUUUAUAACUUUGUCUAGAUAUUACCAUAAGAUGACAUGAUUGCACAGUUUUUGAAUUUGUUAUUGUACAUGUUACAGUUUUUACACCCUUUAAAGCAGCAUGCAUCCAAAUUGAGCUUAUUUUUGUGAAAAUCUUACAAAAUGUAUUUAAAAGUAAAAUAUUUUGAAGCGAACAUGGAAAUUUAUACAUUGCAAAGGGCACUUACAAUCCACAUUAAUUACCAAAAAUGGUCUAAAAAAUGUGCAAAAAUAGCCCUUAUUGCGUUAGUCAUGCAGUGACA